AUGGCGCCGAGAGACACACGCCGACCCGGAAAGGCAGGCUCGUGGUACGCCGGAGACCCGACGGUCCUCAGGUCACAGCUCGAAGAGUACCUCGCCCGCGUCCCGGACCAGAUUGACGGCAACGGCCUGCCUAUUCCAGGCGCCAGAGUCAUCAUCGCACCACACGCUGGCUACGACUACUCAGGCCCGACAGCAGCCUGGGCCUACAAGGCCCUCGACCUCUCCAAGGCGAAGCGCGUCUUCCUCCUCGGGCCCUCGCACACCUUCUACCUCCGCGGCUGCGCCGUCACCGAGUACCAGAACUACGGCACGCCCUGGGGCAAGCUCAAAGUCGACGAGGCCAUCAUCGCCGAGAUCAGCGGCGCGCACGACGUCCCGCCUAUCCCCGGCAACAAUGACGACAAGGAGCACUCGCUCGAGAUGCACCUGCCCUACCUCUGGCUGCGCCUCGAGCAGACCUUCGGCUCGCCCGACAACUUCCCGCCCGUCGUCCCGAUCCUCGUCGGCGACAACAACAAAUCGGAAGAGAAGGAGGUUGGGAAGUGGCUCGCGCCGUACCUCAAGGACCCCGAGAACGCGUUCAUUGUCAGCUCGGACUUUUGUCAUUGGGGCAGCCAUUUUGAUUACACGGUGUACUCGCCCGACGGCACGGUGGAGGAGAUGAAGCGGCUGCGCGGGUACAGCGCGCCGGAUGGGCCGCCGAUCCACGAGACGAUCAAGAUGGUGGACGACCUCGCCAUCGAGGCGAUCAAGACGGGGAAGCAUAGUAAUUUCUACGAUAACUUGAAGCAGACGAAGAACACGGUCUGCGGGCGGCACCCGAUCGGGGUGACGAUGGCCGCGCUGGAAGAGCUCGGCGAGGGGCACCCGGUGUUCAGGUUUGUGCAGUACCAGCGAAGCAGCAUGGUGACUGAGCCGAGCGACUCGAGCGUGAGUUAUGUGUCGGCGUAUGCUGUGGUAUGA